GAUCUCUAGCCGAAAGCUGAUUGUCAAAACAACAACACUGGGGCGAUGAGCACGUGGAGGAGGGAGAUAAUGAGGAUUUUAGCCAUAUAUUCCCUAGUGGCUGUCACUUCCUCCGUGAGUAAUGACGUCCAAGGAAGAGAGUCAUCUAAGGCAUCACUGCCCCUUGUAGUAAAUACAUGGUCAUUUGUUAAUUCAACGGCAAAAGCAUGGAGUGUGCUGUACAAUGACAAGGGUUCGGCUUUAGAUGCUGUAGAGAAAGGCUGUUCUGUGUGCGAGGAGCUUCAGUGUGAUGGAUCUGUAGGCUUUGGAGGAAGUCCCGAUGAAAAUGGAGAGACGACGUUGGAUGCAAUGAUUAUGGAUGGGACAACACAUGAUGUAGGAGCAGUUGCUGCCCUGCGGAGAGUUAAGAGUGCAAUAUCUGUUGCUCGAAUGGUACUUGAACAUACAACACAUACAUUACUUGUGGGAGAUCAAGCCACGGAGUUUGCUCUCCAAAUGGGAUUCAAGGAAGAAAAUUUGACGACUGCUAAGUCUGUUGAAAUACAUGAGCAUUGGAAAGAAGAAUCCUGUCAACCUAAUUACUGGAAGAAUGUCCAGCCAGACCCUGCAGCAAAUUGUGGACCUUAUACCCCUGUAGAUGUAUCAAAGAAAAGUAAAAAAUGGGCAACUGCACAAGAGGGGAAAAAUUUUAAUACCAGGAACCAUGACACCAUUGGAAUGAUUGCCAUAGAUGCUCAGGGACACAUUGCCGGUGGAACGUCAACUAACGGGGCCACUCACAAGAUUCCUGGUAGGGUUGGAGAUUCCCCAAUUCCUGGCAGUGGGGCCUAUGUUGACAGACAUGUAGGAGGAGCGGCAGCCACAGGGGAUGGAGAUGUGAUGAUGCGCUUCAUGCCAGCUUUGGUAACAGUGGAAGGAAUGAGGUCUGGUUUAUCUCCUCAUAAAGCUGCAGAAAAAGCCCUAUUUCAGAUUGCAAUGUAUUACCCUGGAUUCAUGGGAGCAAUUGUUGCCACAUCAAUUACUGGGGAGAUUGGAGCAGCUUGUCAUGGAUUUGAUAGAUUCCCAUAUUCUGUUGCAAAUCCAACACUGCAAGAAGUAACUGUGAUGGAAGUUCUUUGCUUUGGUUAAUGGAUAUUGACAAUUUUCAAAUGCAAUUGAUUGCAAAAAUAAAUAUUUGUUUUGUAUUUUUCAUCACAAUGAAUGGCUCACCUGUUUUAAAAGAUACUUCAGAGUCAGUUUGCUUAUAUUGUUUUCAUAUUUUUGUUGGCAUUUACUCAGUAAUUGCAUUAAAAAAAUUGUAAUGCUAAUGUUCCAUUUAUCACCAGUUGUAUAAAAUUAGGGGAAAGAAAGCCACAGAAGAUUGCAUUUAUGUUUAGGCAAUCCACCUUGACCAACUUUUAUAUGUAUAUAUAAGACAUAUAUUAAUGUGCUGUGCAUUGGUGGAAGAUUGUGAUAUAUUUAUCUUUCUCUUGCAAUUCUUUUCCAUGAUCUUUAUUUCUAAGUGUACUUCUUUUACUUCUAAUUUCCUUUUUUUGCCAUUCCUUACUGUAUUAAUGAAAAUACUUAAAUGACUCAUAAAGGUUACUGAUAUAUUGCAUAAUAUAUAAGAUGAAUGAUGUAUGUAAUUUCAGAUUUUAUUAUUUUACAACUUAUACCAUGUUACAUAUUCUACACUUUUUAAGUAUUAUAUAUUUUGCAAAUACUGAAACAAGAAUUGGAAGCUUGUGUGAUCAGAGUUUUAUCUUUCUGAGGUAUUUGUAAUGCAUGAACGGAUCGAGGAUGAGGUCUGAAUUUUAGGAAUUUUCUUCACUGAGGAUCUAAGGUUGCUUUUGGUUGCUCUGCCUAGUUCUUAUUGCUAGCUAGGUAAGCUCUAAUGCAAAAUCUUUUUUUGUUCAACUGUAUAGUCAGUAUGUGAAAUAGAAAUUGAAAAUGUACAAUCUGAUAGGUUGAUUUAAAAUUGGUCAAUUAAAUAACAACAUUAGAAGAGAAUAAUAAAAAAAAAAUAUAGGAUCAAAUAUUGUGGACAUGAUUAUGAAAUUGAUUUUUAUUUCUUGUUGAUUUAAUUCUUGUAGCUGUUAUUUUAAACAUUAGUAUGUAAUGUAAAAAAAACAAAAAAAAAACUGAAGUGUAAUUAUAUUUGUUACAAUCAUUGAACAUUAGACAAGUAAGUGCAGUGUAGUCUAGAAAAGUAGAAAUGGUCCUCAACACUUUCCCAGUGUUAAGACAUGAAGCAGACAAAACUGAGAAUAGAAGUUAUUUUGAAAUGACUAGGAUUUAAGCCCCCACAUGAUGUCCUCUCUUGGUAGGUGGUAAAGCAUCUUAAUAAGAAGACUUAUGUUGACAUUCCUUUUUUUUGGUUUAACUAUAUGUUGUGACUUUGUCCAGAAGUGCAAUAUUUUUACACACAUUGCAGUAUUUUUAAAGAUGUGAUAGUUAUAUUAAAUAUACUUUUUGAAUGUUUAAAUGAUGCCUUAAUGACAGAUUAUUGUGAAGAUUGUUAACUGAAUUAGAUUUACAGAUGAAGAUACUCAUGUUUGAAUUGUUUUAGGCAAUAUUUUUUGUCUUUUGUCUUUUUGUCUUUUGUCAUUCUAUAUGUAUCUGCAUAUACAAGUGCAUGUUCAGGUGAGCUUGGAAUGUAUAAUACGUGUGGGAAAAAGAUGUAUGUAUAUCUGUGUAUGUGUAUAGAUAUACAUACAAUACUGAAUAUUGAUUAAUAAGGAACCUUU